AUGCCUUCGUUUCGUUCCACACUACUGGUUAUGGCACCCACUCUGUUUAUCUCUAAUGCUCACUACCAGCAGAGUUGGGAGGGAGAGGGAAAACGUCAAUGUCCCGGUCCUCGAGACCAAGAAGGGUUAGGGGAUCAGGACUCGAUGUCGCAGAGGCUUUCUGCGUCUCGUCCUGCAUCUCGCUCACCACCAGAAAGUCAAAAGAUUACUCUCCCACCAGUGCAGGUGCGAGAUGAUCCUCGACAUGGAGGGCGACCAGCAGACAGACAACUAGAGCAAGGCAACCGAGGAUUACCACAACCUCAUCAUACAUUACCAUCCCCUUCAUUGCGAACUCCUCAGUCCGCAUCAACUAGUGAGGAUUGGAAGUCCUCUGGACCAUCGCGCGAUCUCGGUGUGCAUUCAAUUCUGAAUCCGACAGAGCCUGAAAGCGUAUCAAAUUCUGGUCGCCGACUGAGUGGCGGCACUACAGGCUCGCCACUCUCUAUCACAGGGCCGACUUCACAUUUUGGUGCAAGCCCAUUGGUGACAACUACUCAUCCUUAUUCCAGUCGACCUCCCGUUAGCACUUCGCCUUCCUUAGAAAGUUUUAAUCCAAAUUUCCCAAGGGGUCCAGCCCGCAGAAUGCUAACAUCCAGAUCACCUCGGCCUGCUAGUAUAGGCAGAGCACCUAUUCAUGGAACUAUCAAUGCACAAGAGUCUCCCUUUUUACCCUCGAAAAGGGCAGAACCAAUGCGAACUCCGGGCUCAGAGAACCCACCUAUGCCAACACCGCCGGGGCAAAUUCAGGCGCAGCACUAUGGAUUUCCCCAUACAGGUACAACGCCGGUCGAUCGACGUACAGAUACUUCUCAAAUGCAAGCUCCUGGGCGUGCCCAACACAGCGCUAGUCCUAGCAUCUCAGUGUCUUCACAAACGCCGAGCCAGACUUCUCCGGCAUCCAAUUAUCCUUAUCAAAGUGGGCAGAAUCCUCAGACAAGUGGGUCUUAUUUCCCAGGUUCGAGUUUUAGUUCUUCAGUGCAGCAAGGAAGUGGAUUACAAUUACAAGCACCGCCUGCGGCAUCAGAAGGAGCAUCGGCGCGAUUCCGACAACGCAGAAAGGAAAAAGAGAAAGAGGCCUCAUCCAACAUCGAAAAACUGCAGUCACAGACUAGGGAAUUGGAACGAAGAGUGAGGGAAGCUGAAGGAGAGAGGGAUUUCUACCGAGGAGAACGAGAUCGUUUUAGGGAUAUGCUGCUCCGAAAUCCAGGAACUAGAGAUAUGGCUCUUCAUGGACCGCCAAGUCCUCGUUCCAUGAGGCCAAUGUCUUAUCCAGGUCCCCUUCCACCAAGCGGCCCGCCAAUGAGCUUCCAAGGUUCUGAAAGCGGUGAAAGACCAGCAAGACGUCGAAGGACUGAUGCACAAGGCGAUUUUACGAGUGUCCCAUACUCGCAUUCUCCGGCUUCAACUCUACCUCCCGUUCAGACUGGAUUCCCAUCAGCUCAUAGCCAAGGACUUCCUAGCCUGCCACCUCUAAGAAUUGAUAAUUCUUCGACAGGUUCAGCGACAGGAAUAUCGACUCCGUCGAUAUCGGCAGGGCCUCCUUCAUUCGACCCAUACUCGCGAGGACCAUACGAUCGAGCAUGGCCUAAACAAGAAAACGGCGGACGAAGAUGA